CGAAGCACUGUCACUGUCUUGGUCAGAAUAUAGCCUAGUAAACAUGAGGAAGACAGAAGAGGAGAUAAUGCAGAGGAUUAACAGCAACAGGACAUCAAGACAUCAGGCUUUAUGUAUAUAAUAACCUUACUUUCUGAAGGGGACGGAUACUGGCCUCCUAGGGGUGCUCACAAUCUUCAUCAGCUUCUCAGGGUGAGGGCUGCUUCACUUCCUCACACAACAGAAGCCGAGCAAAGCAAGGUCAGUGUGACAACCUUGUUGACUACUGCGGUGACGGAGCAGGAGCACGCAGCUCAGGAAGAUGGCCUCACCCUUUGUGCCUGUACCUGUGCCGAUGGACAGAGCCUCAUCAGGAGUUAACGGCAAGCUCAAACGACCACAGCGAGCUACAUCACUGGGAAGCGUCUCAAACAACUUGGCCGAGGAGAGCAACGAAAGAGGAUGUGGAGUAUUAGGUUCCCGGCGCCACUCACGCUGCAUGGACAGAGGCAGCCGAAGCAGGACACCACCACCCUCCCAGAGCCCUGUAACACGGGCCAGGUUGAACGGAAAUCUGGAGCCCUCUAUAGAGUACUCCAGCUGUCCCCGCUCCAUAUCAGAUCCUGCCCAAUGUCAGCAAGAGGAAGACAGGCCUAUUACCCCCACUUUGCUGGGGUAUGAGGUUAUGGAGGAGAGGGCUAAAUUCACGGUCUUUAAAGUUCUGGUGAGAAACACUGCAGAUGAGAGCUGGGUUGUUUUUCGAAGGUACACAGACUUCGCCAGAGUCAACGAAAAGCUUAAGGAUAUGUUUCCAGGUUUCCGCCUCUCGCUGCCCCCCAAGCGGUGGUUCAAAGACAACUAUGACACAGACUUCCUGGAAGACAGACAGCUGGGACUACAGGCCUUUUUGCAAAACCUGGUGGCACACAAGGACAUUGCCAACUGCCAGUCAGUGAGAGAGUUUCUGUGUCUGGAUGACCCACCUGGGCCUUUUGAUAGUCUGGAGGAAAGCAGAGCCUUCUGCGAGACUCUGGAGGAGAGCAACUAUCGUCUCCAGAAGGAGCUGCAGGAAAAACAGAAGGAGAUCACCUCCCUGAAGAGGAGGCUGGAGGAAAGGGAGCAAGCCAUUCUGCGACUGGAGAAGCACGUCAAUGGUGAGAGUGUGAGCCCACCAGGGUCUCUGUGUGGUCUGUCAGCUCAGGGCAGUGAGAGCAGCGCAGACGCAGAUCCAGAUGUGGAGUCGUCUGCUGUAGAGGCAGAUCAGGAUGUGCCUGAAGACACGGGCAGUGCCGCCCCAAUCUGAAAACAGAGCCUCAUACCGUGUGAGUGGCAGGUGUGAGGUCCAACCGGUGCGAUCGUCUGCUUGUUGGUGUGGGCCGUCACUCAGCACAUCUCCUCCGGUCAUACAAGUCACUCAGCUUUACCACCAGACACUGGAACAAUAACAAAAAACCCAGGUUUUCUUUUUCCACUCAUCUCCUCCACCAGGCCACUCCUUUCUAAUGUUUUGGAACUAUUACAUACCCGUUUCCUUGUUUUUCUUCCCCCAUCCCACCAACCAAUUUCCCCUUCCAGAUUGAAGGCUCUGUUUCACCUUCUAUUCUGAGAGUUGAGUCUGGCGCAGCUUUUAUCUAUGUAUGUGUUUGAAAGGGAACGUUUUUUUUAUUGUUGAGCUUCAAUUAUAUUUCCACCUAUGGGUCAUUUUAUCUUCCCAUACACAUGACUUCAUUCCGCGGAGCUUGCGCAAAUUGUAGAAAAUCUAAACUUUAUCUGGAACUACAUGGCUGCUUUCAAUGGGGACUCUUAGUCCUCCUUGUUCACUUCAGAACAUUGUACUGCGUGUCCCAUUGGAUCAAUUGGAUCCUGUGGUCACAAAGCCAAAGACCUUCACAAUUGUGACAAUCGCAGAAUAUUCACAUCUGAUUCUGCAAAUGUGCAUUGCCUUAUGGCUCCUUCUUUGGACAAGUGGCCCGCUCCAAAUAAGAGAAACAACACCCCCAUGUGGCUACAAAAUAAAAAUAAGUCUGGAUAAAUGAAAAGUCUCAGGAUACACGUUGGUAACCAGGUGGGAAUCACAGAGGAUGGAUUCUGUUUUCAAAUACUUCAUGUCAUUGCUUUGUACUGCCAUUGGCUCUCAUUGAGGCUAUAGACUGACCUCGAGAAACGUCACUGUUUUCACUUCUAAUUUGCAUCCAAAAUUAAAGAUUCCCUUAAUACUCUAGUGCCAUGGUUGAGUUUUGAUAAAUGUAAGUCCUGCAAGAGACCACCAAAUCUGAAAUGUACUCUACUGAGAGAGAGAAUGCUAAUGUAUUUCAUAAAUAUUUACAACACUGCACCUCUUCUGGCACCUUGCCUGUUAUGGAAGUGUACACUGAGCCUGGAAUUGUAUCAGUUUCCUCAAGGUCCAACUAGAUAUUCUAAAGCAGCUAAAACUAAAGGAUCAGUUCACCCACAGCUCAACUGUUGUGUGAACAUGCAGAUUUCUGCCUCUAUCUCCAUACAGUUUAUGUGAACUGAUUGUUGUGUGUGGUUCUUAAAGCAUUGGAAAAUUGCAUAUAAAGAAUUGAAAUCCACUGUUAAUCAAGAGGCAUGACUGUUUUUAGUGGAACCACCGUCUUUAAAAUAAUAAUCCCUCUUAACAACGGGGAUAACAUCCUGAGUAGCUGACGUCAAUUGUUUUUCAGUGGAAGCAGACAGGGCCAGCUCUCUCAAAGUCUUUGGAGAUAAAAACUAAAAUAUACAUUGCGAGAUAUCCGGAGUGGCAGGCAGGACAUUAUUAGUGGUUUGGGUGAACUGUUAUUAGGAACACGAUCGUCUAUUUAUUUUAGGAUCAACCUCUGCUUCAGUCGAGGAAUGCAGAAAAGAAAGCCCCCCUUGUGGUGUUCAUUUACCUGAAAAAAAAUCCAGGUUGUGACCCGACAGACAAAGGAGUUUUUACAACUCGGACUCGGAUUUUAGAGAUCAAGGCGAAACAUUUUAAUGGGAUGAGGAACCAUUAUACUACUUUUCAGGAAGGGCUGAGUGACAUGCAUGAUACCAGGAUUACACCUCAUCCUCAAAAGCCAUAAUAACACUUGAGAAGGAGCACGGGUUUCACAUGUGGCAGUGUGCAAUGACCAGCUGCGACUUUGCAUUAAUGAAGUGUAUAAUUAACACAGCUAUUGUAAAAUGGUCUGAAACUAAGCCUGUGAAUAGGUCAAAUUAUGCACUUUAUGGAUGAAUGGCAACCCCUCAAGUUUGCUAGGAUAUGUUUUUUUUACUCCAUUUGUUAGCGACGGAAACGUGCCUUUUCAACCACUGAAUCUGUCCCGAUUCACAACUGGAUCUUGUGUUAAUGUCAUUUAUGUAUAUGUGGUUUUGUUUGUGUUCAUUCCCUUCACGUGUAAUUCUAAGUGCCUUGAACAUCUUUCACUUAAUGUUUCUUUUGAUGUGUUUAAAUAGGUUUGUGUAAAACAUGACAUGUGUGAAAGAAAUUCCACUUGUUCCUCUGAAGAAGGUGAUGUUUUAAAUGACACUCGUGUAUGUCGUUGCUUGGAAUAGACUGAACAGACAUGAUUUUGUAAUAUUGCAUUCAUUAAUAUGAAGUUCACAUAUGCACCAUAGUUGCACAAUUAAAUACUUAAUGCCCUGGAUUUAAAGGGACAAUUCACGUAGAAAUCUGGUCUGAAAUGCAUACUGUACAUACUGUAGCCUGUGCUAUAGCAGAGAUGUUUAUCAGAAAGAAUUGUUUAACUCACUAAAUUAAAUGUGGAAUGAUCUAUUGAAUACACGUGUAUAGUUGCUCACAUUUAAAGUCAAAGGAGAUGGUAUCAGUAGUUUUUGCUUGGCUGAAAUUGGGUCCGUUCGAAUAAGUGCUAGGGUGAUAUGGGCUUACAGUUAAAGUAUGUCCUAUUUUAAAAGUGUGAUGCGCUCAAAAUGUAAUAAAUUCAACAAGCAGAGCAGUGGACCUGUCAUGGACAUCACACAUCCACCCUGGUAAAGAGGCAUCCUUAAUUAACAGAACUGUUCUUCCUAAGGAAACAAACUGGCAUGUGACUGCAGUGCCACAGGACUGGAGUGAUUUGAGGCGUGUGAUUAAAAGCUCCUAAAACAUCA